GACUACCUCGCCCUGGUGCACGGGGAGCUCGAAGGCUCCGGCGUCUGCCGGGCCAACAUCGACCGCAGCCAGUACACCAAGGGGAACACCAAGGUGCGGUGCCACGAGUCUGGCGAAUCCGCUUUGACAAUAUGGGAGGCCAUCGCGGCCUACGAGGCGGCGGGCCCCUCCAAGCAGCACUUCACGCUCGUACAUCUGCGGAUUAUCACUGGCCGAACCCACCAGAUUCGGGUCCACAUGGCCCACAUGGGCCACCCCCUGGUUUCGGACUGGACCUACGGGCGGCCGGGGAACUCGGAGUUCUGGAAGGACGAGGCCAUCUGCAAGAGAAUCUUCCUGCACAAGUUGCGCAUCUCGUUCGUCGAUAUGCAG